GGGUAAAGUGUGGAUGUUGAACAUGAUUAAAGAAUUUGGUGUGGUACCGGACGAUUCUACCACUGGCGAAGCGAUCAUACCGACUGAUCUACAAUUAGAUCUAAAGUCAAAUCGAGGUUAUGUGAAGAAAACUCUGGCCAAGUUGAGUGAUCAAGUAAACCCUCCUCCUGUAGCAUCUGGAUCAGGUACGAGACGCGAACAUGAAACGGAUAACGAUAAACUUGUCAUCUCGCAAACGAGGAAAUCUUCAGGAUCAACAAACUUAUCAGAUUCUACUCUAACUCUAUCCGAAGGAAAUGACAUUGCCUUGGACUCUCAUUUGAAUACCGAGCUCAGUCCAGAUUCCAAGCAAGUGGCAGAUGGUCUGAUAGAGGUGGAACACAGAUUAGAAUAUGCUCAACCUGAAAUUAGGGAUCAUGAAUUUACACUUUCUUCCAACCAAAAUACUUCAUAUCCAUUCACUCCCGUUCCUGCCCCUUACGUCUCCACUUCAACUACCACUUAUCCUCAUUCCAUCCCUGGAGCACACGCGUACACUUCGACAUCGAAAAUACCAUUCUACAACACACCCACCGGACGUCCUGACAGUGUCGGCGUGACUUCAGCUUCUGGAUCAGGAGAUCAUAUGGGUGGUAGUACGAGUGCAAGUAAAGCCAACAGAAAGAAAGAAGCUAUCAAAGCGAGAAACGGAGCACCGAUGGGUUGGGCUUUUGUUCCUGUUGAUGAAGCGACAAUUCGACAAGAAGAGGAAUUACCAUCGAGGAGAAGUAAAUCAGGACCUAGGAAUAUUGCUUAGGUGGCUGGUUAUUUUACUUCUCCCCCUAGCAUAACUUUUCCGAUCUACACCCUAUUCUUCCCCUUCCUCUUGUUGUUUUGUCACGAUUCCUACUGUUUCUUCUCCUCACCUUCGACCCCUAACGGAAAUGUCAACACUCCUUCGAUGUCUCUUGCGUGAUUCCUUGGUCAAAAUGUUAUGUGUUUUAUUCCCCCUUUUUGAUAUCCUCAAAUUACCUCGGAUGGUCUUUCUUGUACCAAACCCUGAAUCACGUCUCGUUCUUGUCCACACACGUCUUUAGUCUUGUCGUUAUUCAGUCAGCUUGGAACUUGGAACUUGUUUAUAUUGCCAUGUUUAAGUGGAGAAGGGAAAUGCAUCAUGUAUUUAUG